CAGGAAAUUUGUGAAGUAUUCUUGAUUUUUUUCUGCCAGGAAACCAAGCCGCUAAUGGAGACCGCUUAGUAGCUCCAUAUCACAAAUCGAUACACAUUACACAAGCCCGGGAGCCGCUAUUCGGUCUAGUCAAGCUCUUGUCACUUGACAUCAUCAGUCAUUCAAAUCCAAACGCACGAACCCCCCGCCCCCGGGGCUACAACGAACGCACGCUCGUACAUAUACACCUCAACGAAAAGCCAAAUACACCUAUUUAUGCUGAUGAUGGAAUCUGUCUGAACCCAUCCAGACGAUCAACCCGCCAUCCCAAAGGUCGAUCGUUCAUUCGACCGGCCUUUGGAAGACGGUUCCUUUGAGUCCUCGUUCCGUACCUCGCGCCCAGAACCUUGUUUGUUCGGAAGAUCGGCACUUUUUUCUAAAACAUUUUUGCGACCGGCACAACCAUCAUUCGCUACCUCUUGCCAUUCUACUUUGGUGGGGAGAAAAUUAUAGAGUUGCUUUAGCUCAUCGAAAAAAAAGAAGGAAAAAAAAAACGUGUAUAACAUGCGCCUUCGAAAGGCAGCACGCGUUAUUCUUGUUGGUGCGCCGGGAGUGGGGAAGGGUACACAGUCGGAACGCCUCCUCCAGCGGUUCCCGCAGCUGUCGUCCAUCAGUUCCGGUGAUUUACUGCGCAACAAUGUCAAAAGCAGGACGCCACUCGGCAUCAAGGUCGAAAGUACCAUGAAAGCCGGUGGUCUUGUAUCUGACGAUCUAAUCCUCCGCCUCAUCAGCAAUGAGUUCAACAAACGAGGCUGGCUCUUCGCCGACCCAGCCACCAAGGCAUCUUCGAUUAUGACGCUUGCGUCCGCAUCCGCGGUGGCCGACCAGUCCGCAUUCAGCCACGACACCGACGUCUUCCUGGGGAACAACACCGGAGGGCCUCCACCACGACUUUCGGACAACCCCGCCGCAUCAUUCCUGCUGGACGGAUUCCCGCGCACGGCGGCGCAGGCCGAGCGCCUGGAGCAAGUCGUGCCAAUAAACCUCGCCGUGAGCAUCAGGACUCCCUUUGAGGUCAUCAUGCAGCGAAUCUCUGGCCGCUGGGUCCACGAGCCGAGCGGGAGGGUCUACAACGACACCUUCAACGCUCCCCAGGUGCCCGGCCGCGACGACGUCACGGGUGAGCCGCUCGUCAGGAGGCCAGACGACAGUGAGGAAGUGUAUCGACAGCGCUUCCAAAAGUUCCAGGAGACGAGCGAGCCGCUGUUGGAGCACUACGCUCGCAAGGGUGUUUUGUGGGAGGUGAACGGCAUGAGCAGCGACGAAAUCACUCCAAAGCUGUUCAAGGAGUUUGAGAGACGAUUUUUGGAGUGAUGACGCACUCAAGCACUCUUUUUCUCACGCCCUCUCUCUGGGUUUACCCUCCGGCUUUUGUAAUCAUGGUUGGAUUCUUGGUCUCCUAUAUCUCUUGGUUUCAUGACCCUCUUUCUUGUAUAAGACGAUGCACCACCACGCGCAUCACUUCUUGGUUUAUCACGGCUUUAUGUAGGCUUUUCCUGUCUCUACUGGUGGUAUAUGAUGGGACACCCCUGAGCGAGCAUCCUUGUGCUGGCAUGGCUAGGAUUGGCGCUUUUUCUUGUACUUUUGUAAUUUUUAAAUUUUUUUUUACAAAAUCACGCCAGUGCGGCAAGUUUUUCAAGUAAAUUUUGCUUACUCUUUGACUGCUAUAUACUUUUAGCUGUUAGCCUCUGCAAAAUUGUCACGACAACCGUGUUUCACCC